CCAGAACAGAAAGGCGCUAGGAUAGAGGAAAGAAUAGUGUAUCAAGUGAUUAGGGAGAGUUUGAACUAAGGAGCCGUCUUUUGUGCUGCCUGAAGGAUGUAGAAGGGACCUGGAGCGAAGCGGGGAAGGCUGUCGUUGGUCCGUAUUCAGGAAACAUCACAGAGAGUCUCCAAGGUGAGAAACAACACAAUGCUUUCCUUCAUUGGACUCAGUAGCUAUGAUUAUAAGGUGGAAAUAAAAACUGGCGACAGGAUCGGUGCUGGAACAGACGCCAAUGUCUGGAUCAAAUUGUACGACGACAUCGGCAGAUCAACGCCCGCGAUGAGAUUAGAGCAGGUUUUCAAAAACACAUUUGAGCAAUGCUCCACAGACCAUUUUGAGAUCUCCGCCUCCAAGACUAAAAACUUGAAAAAGGAUGGCCCAGUGGCAAGGAUUGAGUUCUGGAGAGACAACUGCGGCCCGAGCAGCGAUUGGUACGUGGACAUAAUCUACGUCACCAACAAGGUCACCAAAAGUAAGUUCGUGUUCCCGGUGUACCGCUGGGUCAAGGCCAACUACCAUUACAAGCUCAAACACCUGAAUACGUCACUGCCUCAAUAUGAAGACGAAGAUUUGAAAGAGCACAGAAAAAUGUUCCUUGAUGAUAAACGAAAGUCUUAUAGGCUAGAUCAGAAGUUUCCCAAAGAGUUUCCUAAUGGUCCAGUCCAGGUAAACACUUUGCCUGAUGAUGAAAAGUUCUCAUUCAAUGACAAGUUUAGCAUGGGAUCGUUGACUGUACAGUUGAAGGUCUCCAGUAAGAUCAUCAGUUUCACUAGGACUGAAUGGAAGAGCCUGGCAGACAUCUUGACAGUGUACGUGCCUCCCCACUUCCCUAAGCCUGAGAGAUCUUCACUUUGGAUGGACGAUGCUUACUUUGGAUUCCAACGACUAGCCAGUGUGAAUCACUCCGUUAUUAAAUUGGUUACCGCUAUUCCUAACAAAUUCCCAGUGACAGAAGAACAUUUGAAGCCUUUUCUUGGAGGUCUAAGUAUAAAGGAAGCCAUUCAACAGAAACGAUUAUUUAUUUGUGAUUUAGAAAUUCUGGACGGCCUUCCGGUGAAACAAAAUAUGACGCUUUGUGCACCAAUCGCACUAUUCUUCGGGGAUAUUUCUGGCCAACUAAGACCUGUGGCCAUACAGCUCUUCCAAAAGCCAGGAUCCAAUAAUCCAAUAUUUACUCCUAGUUGUCCGUCGCUGACAUGGACACUGGUCAAGAUGUGGUACAACAACGCUGACAGUGCACACCAACAGGCACUGACACAUCUCGGAUUCACACACUUACUAAUGGAGUCGUUCUCUUUGGCAACUCAGCGAAACCUUUCUCAUUCCCAUCCAGUGUACAAAAUUCUUGCUCCACAUUUCCUCAAUAUUAUUGCAAUUAACAGUCUAGCCGUGUCUGAACUGGUCAGUGAUGGUGGCUGGGUGGACCAAACUAUGAACUACGGCAACAAAGGAAUGUAUGCUCUGGUAGUCAAAGGGUUCAAAGACUGGAGAUUGGAUGUCGAAGGGACGUUACCAGAAGAUCUGAAAAGAAGGGGGCUGGACGACCCCAACAUUCUGCCCUGUUACUAUUACAGAGAUGACGGCAUCCUCCUCUAUAAUGCUAUCAGUAAAUAUGUACUGUACUACCUAAACCUAUAUUACACGACACCUAACGAUGUAGUCGAUGACCAUGAACUUCAGAACUGGGCUCAAGAAUUGGUCAAAGAGCGUAACUUUGAGGCAGGUGGCAUGGGGAUCAAGGGAAUUCCUGGCAACGGAAGUCUUAGUACUGUGGACCAGAUUCAUCAGAUAGUGACAAGUACCAUCUUCACGUGUAGUGUUGCCCACGCCGCGACCAACUUCCCUCAGUACGAUGAAUACGGCUUCCCACCAAACUAUCCAGCUUCUUUGUUUGGAAAGCCGCCUUCAGAUCCUCGAGCGAUUUUAACAGAGCAAGACAUCUUGAAAUGUUUGCCGGACAAAGAGCAAACUUUGACCAUUAUGACCAUGACGAAGCUGCUGAGUAAUAAAGGAACUAAAAGUCUUGGAGACUUUGAAGUCCAGUACAUCGUUGACCCUAAAGCCCAAGCUGUUGUAGACAGUUUCCGCAGAGAGCUUGCUGACAUUAGCCAGACAAUUAAAGCCAGAAAUCAAGGAAGAUUUCCCAAAUAUAAAUAUCUGGACCCUGAUUUCAUUCCAAACAGUAUCAGCAUAUAAACACAAAAUAAUUCUCCAUUGUAAUCAUUGAAAAUUAUUUUCUAACACCAGCCUAAUAUUAUUAUAUUUCACUUCUUACAUACCAUUUUAUUUUAAUUGUGUAACCUUGCAUUGUAACUUUAAAUGGCAACUCAACGAUAGAAAAUUAUGUAAUGCGCACCACUUUGGAUUCGUAUAACAUACGCUUCUUUUGUAGCUGUAUCAUAAUACUAUGGAUGGCUGCCUGGUCGUGCGGUUUGCACGCUGGACUGUCGUUCGGACUUAUCGAUGGUCCCGGGUUCAACCCCUGCCCGCUCCCAUCCCCCGCCGUCCUGCGGGAGGUUUGGACUAGGAAGUAAUUAUCUUCAACUCUGAAGGAACAUCCGAAAUAAGUAAAACAUUUUACAAACAUUUUACUAGUUUUUUUUUGUAUCACGCGUUUAUUAACUAUUGACUUUGUAACCGUGUUUUUUAUGGAAUGGUAUCUCCUUCAAUAAUGUACAUUACACAUUCAGAUCACUGGAUUGGGCUAUCCUUUUAUUGUUCAAUAUAGACUUUAGGAACUAGUGUUCAUCUCCCCUAACAAAGAGAAAAAAAUGUUUCCGCUGUAUGGACACAGUGAGAGAUGUAUUCAACAAAACGUAAAGUGGAGAUUUAAAAAUGUUAAGCACAUCCACAAAGUGUGUGUUCUUGACCUAUCCGCUUUUUAUUAUACAGAAAUGUUGAUUAGUAAAGUAUUAUAUUUUUUAGCACUUUUCAUAACUGCAGAGCCAAAUUUCUAAUCUUUCACCUGUAAAGCAAAGUCAUUUCUAUUCUUUAAUUGACACCACGUGAUCGUUCAAUAGUUUCUCUUUAUAUUUCAAUAGUUUCUCUUUCUAUUUCAAUAGUUUCUCUUUAUAUUUCAAUAGUUCCUCUUUAGAUUUCAAUAGUUUCUCUUUCUAUUUCAAUAGUUCCUCUUUAGAUUUCAAUAGUUUCUCUUUAUAUUUCAAUAGUUUCUCUUUAGAUUUCAAUAGUUUCUCUUUGGAUUUCAAUAGUUUCUCUUUAUAUUUCAAUAGUUUCUCUUUCUAUUUCAAUAGUUCCUCUUUAGAUUUCAAUAGUUUCUCUUUAUAUUUCAAUAGUUUCUCUUUAUAUUUCAAUAGUUUCUCUUUAGAUUUCAAUAGUUUCUCUUUAGAUUUCAAUAGUUUCUCUUUAGAUUUCAAUAGUUUCUCUUUAGAUUUCAAUAGUUUCUCUUUGGAUUUCAAUAUCCACAUCUUCCUCCUUUCAUUUUCUUAUGUUUUUCUGUUGUUCCUUUUGGUUCCAAUAUAUCGCCACUAUAUUUCUUCAUGUAGUUUUCUCUUCUUUUUCUCACUUACUGUAUUCUACUGCUUAUUAGCGCACUUUUAAAAAAUCAAUGUGUAAAUAAAAUGUAGAUUACUCUGGUAACCUACUGAUGUGAAAAUGCCCAGUAAAUAAGUUGAAAUAUGUAUUGUUAAUUCUAUUCUAUGGUCAAUAUGUAAAUAAAUACGUUGUGGGAUAUUAUCUUUUUAUCUUAUAUAAUGCAGACGUUUUUUUCAAAAAAGAAGAUGAUUACGUCCUACGCGUCAUGCAUCUAGUCAUGCAUGUUAACCAAUGACUUAAAUUCUUCCAAGUCACUGGUUUUCCUGGCUAGCUCAGGCAACCCAUUCCAUGCUCUAAUAGCACUAUGGAUGUAGGAACAUUUGUAUAAAUCUGUCCAAGCAUAUGGAACGAGGAAUGUGCCUUUAUCUUUGUGUCUUUCUGAGUAUUUUAUUAAAUUUUGUUUUUGUAUUUGAAGAUUAUGGUUCAGUGUUUUAUGUAUAGUUGCUACUUUACUUUUUAUGUUGUUGUUUCUUUUUUAUAGACUUACUCAGUCUUCAGUUUACUCAUUAUAAUUGGCUAUACUGCUAGUGCGUCCAUUUGUUUUUGUCUACUAAAAUAGAAUGAAACAUGUGCAUCAGUUUCUUUA